UCCAAGAUGCCUAACAACAGUAAUAAGGAAGCGCAAGCACGCCUCCCAGCAAACGACCGACGAGAGGGGAUUCUCCUGCGUUACCUCUCUCUACAGCGCUCUGGUUUAUCUCUCUGCGCUAUCUCUGGUGAUUAAAGAGGAGGAAUUUCUGGUUCUGAAUUCAGUCCACUGGUUCAACAAUGUUUUUUGAAGGCUAUGGCUUCCAUGGCACAUCAUUUGAACAGACUUAUCGUUGCUACCCUGCAUCUUUUAUUGAUAAGCCACAGUUAGAAAGUGGUGACAAAAUUAUCAUGCCUCCCUCUGCCCUUGACCGCCUUGCAUCUCUGCAUAUUGACUAUCCCAUGUUGUUUGAGCUUCGUAAUCCUGCUACUGAGCGGGUUUCUCAUUGUGGUGUUCUAGAGUUCAUUGCUGAAGAAGGCAUGAUAUAUGUGCCAUAUUGGAUGAUGGAAAACAUGCUCUUACAAGAGGGGGAUGCUGUGAAAGUGAAAAAUGCAACCCUUCCAAAGGGCGAAUAUGUGAAAUUGCAACCUCAUACAAUGGACUUUUUAGAUAUCUCAAACCCAAAAGCCAUCUUGGAGACAACAUUGCGGAACUUCUCCUGUUUGACCACUGGUGACAGCAUUAUGGUUGCCUAUAAUAAUAAGAAGUAUUACAUUGACAUUGUGGAAACAAAGCCGUCUUCUGCUAUUAGUAUCAUCGAGACAGAUUGUGAGGUGGACUUUGCUGCUCCUCUUGAUUACAAGGAGCCUGAAAAACCGGUGCCUUCAAGCAUCCCUUCAUCAAGCAAAGCACCUGCUCAAGUUGAGGAAGAACCUGCAACGGAAGAACCCAAGUUCAACCCAUUUACCGGUGUUGGACGGCGGUUGGAUGGGAAGCCAUUAAAGUAUUCAGAGGCACCCAAUCCUUCCAACAAUGCCAAGGAGAAGGCAUCCGCAAUUACAAGCAGUAAGCAGCAACCAACUGUGCCCACUUCAUCUAGUGGUGCAUCUCGCCAGCCUUCGGGAAAGCUAGUAUUUGGUGCAAAUUCAAGUCAUGCUCCAAAAGAAUCUCCAAAGGUUGCUGCAAAAACUGCUCCGACAGAGCCUCCAAAGAAGGAAGAACCAAAAUUCCAAGCAUUUUCAGGGAAGAAAUACUCAUUGAAGGACUGAUUAUGUAAAUGACUGCUUGCAUGCUCACUGUUAUUGUUCUCGCUAGGUUGCUGCAAAAGCUGCUCCGACAGAGCCUCCAAAGAAGGAAGAACCAAAAUUUCAAGCAUUUUCAGGGAAGAAAUACUCAUUGAAGGACUGAUUAUGUAAAUGACUCUUUGCACAGACUCUGAUAUCUGGUAAUCUCAAAGGUAGUGGAUGGUAACUUGAUGUACAUUGUUAUGUCACAUUUUUAGGGCCUGUUUGGGUACACGGCUUUUAAAGCAUGGAUUCCUAAUAUCUUGGAUAUUGCCAAUGUCCACUAUUUGGAUUGCUUAA